AUGUUUGCUGGUCAUAUUCGCAACUUAUCUACUUUUUGUGGUCGCGAAACAUUUCUAUUUGCUCUGCUCCAAUCGAAAUUCCGUCGCGGUUGCCAAGGCAAACAUCGUUACUUCACUAGGAGGCGCUGGUUCAACCGAAAGAUGAGUGCUUCGCAAAGGUCUUCGGACUUCGUAUAUUCGCGGGAGGAAAUGAUGACCUUGAGAAGGUCAAAAAACGUUAUGAAGAACAUCGUUCUUCCCGCUGGUGCGGAAUGUUUGUAUCCUGUUGGUAGUCUAUCUGAAGUCUCCACAAGAAAAUUGAAGAGCAGUGCAUGUCGUGACAUCGCUCGAGAUAUCCUGCUGAUCCCAUCAAUCUACGAGAGAAUUCACCUGUAUGGCACGCCAUAUCUGCGUGCGUUGGUUGAAGUACAGAAAGAGCUUCGUCGUCUCGAAAUAAUGGCGCAAUUUAUGCAAACCACAUCGUGA